AUGCUGCCCUUGCUCCUGCCUCCACCGUCCCUGGUGCGGGCUUCAUCCCAGCUUUCCCGCACGCUCAAAGUAAAGCAGGUCACUCGACUGUACAUUCGACUGUCCUCGACCUCGACCCCGACCCUACUGCCCAAUGUAUCUGAUAUCGCUCGCGAUGGCGAAGAUCAGGAGGAUCGAGAUGAUCAGCAGCGUGUGACGACCAAGAGCGCAGCCUUCUCGCACUUUUUCGAUGCCCGCACUCCUCUGCCCGUCUCGUCUAACACACUAUCAUCGAACAAGCCCAAGGCAUCUCACGAGAUCACAUCUGCAUCACGCCAAGCUGUCGCGAACCUUCGACAAGCUAUCAGAACCCGCGCACCAGUCCACGUCAUCCAGGCGUAUGGCCUCCUUGUUCAGGCUCACCAGAGACAUGCUCACGACGUACAGGACUCGUCCUCAAGGGCUUUGGAUACCUCUCAGAUUAGCUUCCCUGUCCGCAAGAAUGACAUCCAGACAGCGAUCAAGUGCUUGAUACAACACGCGCAAACAGGGGGCCGCAUGGACUCUGAUCUGGCAAAGGCAUGUCAACAGAUGUUCGACGACAUGGGCCAGCGCUUCGGCUUUCGUAUCGGCCCGACUGAUCUGCAUCGCCAGCUCCAUAUACAGUGCCUGUCCAAGCGACCUGCUUCGGACAUUUGCAAUGCUUUUGAGCAGCUUCGGACUAAGCAUCCCGAAUGGCGAACCACCUGGGUCGAUUGGAAUAUGGUGAUCUCGCACCUGGUCAACCGUCGCAAGUACGAGCAUGCAGUCAAGGUCUGGCAAGAUAUGCUCGGGCUUGGUGUGGAACCCGAGGAGGAUCUGCGCAGAACAAUGGAGAGGGUAUACACCGCAAUCAACAAGACAAUCAAAGACGAGGAUGAUCGGCCACAGCUUGCUCAAGAGGAGACGAUUGUCGGUACCGACAGCGUCGCCACGACGAUCAUGUCUCUCUGCGAACAAGUUUCCAUCGGUCACGAACAUGACUCAGAGCUCGGAGCGAAGCUGCACGCGCAUGUCGGCCAACUGCGACAAGAGAUGGAUUCCUGCCCUCGGACCGCAAACGACACAACGGCCUGGAACGCAUUGCUACGGUACGAAGCUUUUGUGGGAGGCCCUGCGCACGCACUUCAGACCGCCAAACAAGCGUAUCGGCCAGACUUGUUCGAUGCUAGCACCUUGUCACUGCUCUUGCGGCUGCACACGGAGGAGCUGAACGAUCUGCAAAGCAGCGACGAGGCUCUCGAGCUGCUGGACCAGAUCCAGACGGCGAUCGAUCCGAAGCGUUCCCUCACAGCCGAUGAUCAAUGCUACAGCGUCAUGAUGCUUGGACUUCUCCACAACUCCAGUCUAGAAGACGCGGCUCAGCCCUCUCCGAAUCAGAUCCGCGAAGCUCAACUGCUGUACGAUCACGUGCGCUCUAUUGGUCUCCCACCAACGCCUCUGCUCGUGAAGCCGCUGCUGGUCGCAUACUGCGAAGCCUUCCUGCCAUCGCUCCCUUCGGCCAUUCGACUCGUGGACGAUCUUCUCGAGAGUCUGCCCGCAUCUUCCCGCAAGUCAACGGCAUCGAAGGCCCGCAAAGCCAAUCGGCCAGCCACGAUCGACAUGGCAAUCAUCCUGUCCGUAAUCGAGGCAUGUGUCAAGCUCAAAGACAUCGCGUCCGCUCGCAACUUCGUCUCUCGACUCUACGAAGCUGGAGUUGUCAUCAGCGCAACAGACCUGUUGCUACUCAUGCGUCGGCUGAUGGGCAUCGCAACGUCUUGGUCCGAGGCUUUCCACAUCUAUCGCAGUCUGAACCUCUUCCCAACGUGGUCGUCCGCUGGACUUCGCACUCCCACCACAGGUCUGGACGAACGAGGCUACCUGUCGCUGCUCGACCACCUCCGUACACUCACAUUCUCGGAUCCCGCAUCACCGUCCCUCCCCCUAGCCGCACCGCCCGAAGAACUGCUCGGCAUACUCCACGACAUGCGGUCCGCCGAUCACCGUCCCACAUGCAUCGUCUACACCUCGAUCCUCGACUACUACUCCAAGACUCCCACACCGUCGUACGUCGGAGUGCAGGCUACGCACGAGAUGCUUAAACGCGAUGAAGGGCUGGAACCGGAUCUUCCGCUGAUCAACGCUCUGAUGAACGCGUACAACCGUGUCGGGGAGCCGGCGAUGGUGCUGGCGAUCUGGGAUAGUCUGAUCGCGACGCGGCAGGAGAUCGAUGGUGUGACGUUGUCGGUGUUCUUCGACACGGCGGGUAGGCAUGGGUUGUUGUCGUUGGCGAGAAAGGCGAUGGGUACGGUGAGAAGGCUCGAGGCGGAAGGGGUGGGGGGAGGUGGAAGGUCGGUGUUGACGAAAGGUGCGUGGGACUCUUGGUUGGAAUGUCUGGCGAGAUGUGGGCGACUGGAGGAGGCGAUCGAGCUGUCUUUUGGAGAGAUGAGGAAGAGUCUGUUCAGAGAAGCUCUCGAUCGUCAUGAUUUCGACGUCGUCGACGAUGGCGGAGGAUUGACAGUCAACGAGCUGCUGACCAAGUCUGCCCAGGCGCCGGUGAAGGAUCGGAGGGGACACGUGGUCGGACCGGACGCAAAGACGUUUGGUGUGCUGCUUAGGUUCGCCGCUCGCGAACGAGAUCGCCGACAGAAGCGGUACACUGCGGGACUCUUGCCAGGUCCACCGUCGGAAGCUCGAAUUGGGGGAAGUGUGAUAGGCGGUACUUCGGUUUGGCAUACGCUUAAGAACAGGAUCAGGGAGGAGCUCAGCUGGCUCUAUCCUCAGGUUAAACAUGUUGGCGAGCAGACUUCGCUCUAG